AUGGGAAAAUCCUCCAAGGACAAACGCGACGCAUACUACCGUCUCGCCAAAGAGCAGAACUGGCGCGCCCGCUCGGCCUUCAAGCUCAUCCACCUGGACGAGGAAUUCGACUUGUUCGCCCACUCCAACCCGGACAGCGUGCGGCGCGUGGUCGAUCUCUGCGCUGCGCCAGGCAGUUGGAGCCAGGUGCUCAGUCGUGUGCUGAUACGCGGGGAGUCGUUCGGCAGGAGACAAUAUGAGCUGGACAGAGGACGGGGAGGGGCAGGAGAAAGCGCCGCGGGGGAUGCAGGCGAGGAUGUGCGGCCUCGGAGAGAUGUGAAGAUCGUUUCGGUGGAUUUGCAGCCCAUGGCGCCGCUGGAGGGGAUCACCACGCUACAGGCUGACAUUACGCACCCGAGCACGGCGCCAUUGCUCUUGAAUGCGCUGAACGACGAAGGGGAAGAGGAGAAAGUUGACCUGGUGCUGUCUGAUGGAGCACCGGACGUUACUGGUCUGCAUGACCUGGACAUUUACGUGCAGAGCCAGCUGCUAUAUGCAGCUCUGAAUCUGGCAAUGGGCAUACUUCGACCCGGCGGGACGUUUGUAGCGAAAAUCUUUCGAGGGCGGGACGUGGAUGUGCUGUAUGCGCAGCUGAAGAGCGUGUUUGGACGAGUUGUUGUGGCUAAGCCCAGAAGCAGUCGUGCGAGCAGUCUGGAGGCCUUUGUCGUUUGCCGAGACUACAAGGGAGGAAUACAGCAGGCUAUCACGGGCACUACCUCGACAGAGCGGUAUAUGGCAGGCUUCGUGGCGUGUGGAGAUGUGAGCGGCUGGGAUGCAGAUGCGUCGUAUGAGUUGCCGGAGGACCAUGUCAGUCUCGAUCCGGUGCAGAAGCCGACGGCACCGCCGUACAAGCGGGCGCUGGAACUACGGCGAGCCAGGGGGGGUGCAUUCGGCAAGACAAAAAAGACGUGA